AUGCGCGUCCCGUCAUUUGAGCAUACCUUCGCCACUCCUCGCGAACACCCUGCAACCAUGAACCAACCACCAGAUUCGCUGUCGCUAAUGACCGGCCUUCAGCUAUGCCUCGCUCACUACUGUGACCAACAUGGCCCGACCCCGCUCAUGGUCACCGAGGGCUUGCCAGUCCCAUGCACAACAUGCUUCGAUGAUGGCGCCGCCGGUUAUGCCGAUCAAGAUCAGCUCCGACCCCGGACCAGCGCCCCAGUCGCGGCUGGAUCUCUGAACCAGACCGUGGCCAUGUCGGAAGCGCUGCGAAAGAUGCACCUCGGCUCGCACCGCAGUUCAUCUCUGUCUGUUUCCGAGAAUGAAGCCCAGAUCCAGCGCGCCGCCAUGCUUCGCGCAUCCUCGACAAAUUCUACCACAAACUCGCCAGCUUCCCCCCUGUCGCCUUCCGCGAUCGAGACCCCACCUGAAAGUCCCCGCCGGAUAUCGGAGCAGCAGCAGCAACCACGACGAGACUCGAGUUUUCGCCGAACAUAUGACGAUUACGUUACGAAGCGCGCCGGGCCUUGUGAAAAUUGCGCGCUGACACUACCGCAACGACAAGGAGGCAAGGACAAAAGCGACUUGAAGGCUGAACGAGGCCCUACAUUGCGCACUCGCGCUCCUUACGCCAGGGUAUAUGGACAGGCAUCGCCACCGACCUCCCAAGCCUCAUCCGCUAGCGAUACCGAUGGAGAAAGCCAACCCGAACGAAUGCACCGAAGGGCGACGGGCUCUACGACAACACGGUCCAGCAUGUCGUCAGGAAGACAUGCUAGUCAUACCCAUUAUCUCGAUUAUACCUCGACCCAUGAACCCCUUAUCCCAGCCUCUUUUUCGAUCGUGCGAUCCUCAUGUUUGCGAACACUUUCGCUGGAGACACUACCUCGCGCCCCUGCCAACCCAACGCCGAGUGCGUCGCCGCAGUCAAGCAACAUACCAGCCUUUGUCACGACACAUAGCGCUGGGGCAGCAGCUUCCGGGGGCCCCAUCUUCUUCGGCGACCCUGUCAAUGGCUACACGACAGCCUACAUCUUUCGUAUCCCAGAUAUGCACGCUCGCGGCCACAAGCGCGUGUAUGCAUUUCUGGCUCUCAGCACGCAUAAGGAGCGGCUGGCGAUGAAAACAUUUGGCUUCAUGGCUGCUGCUUUCCGCGAUCUUGCCUCGUGGAUUCAACAGUUGGCGGAAGCCGAGGCCGAGAAAGCUGCCGAAGCCAGUCCUCUGGGAGGACCCCCGCACCACAGCUCUUAUCCCACGAUGGUCAAACCUGAACGGGAAGGACAAGACCGUGGUGGCAGCAGCUUUCUCACAGGAGGUGGUGGCUUUUCGAGGAGAAUGGGUGGUGGCCCCGGUGGAGUCUCACUCAAGGCCCGAGGCCUUGCUGAGCUCGUCGGCAUGCCCGACUUCUUUAUUGAGCUGCAUACAAAGUUCGUGAAGCUCAUGCUUGAACUUGGCGUGGCGCUGAGCUCUUAG